AUGCCAGGAUUCGGUGACGGAUCUCUGCGCGCUUCAGCGGCUCCAGAUGGUGCUCUGCGCCAGCCAGGUGCCUCGGCCGGGAUUGCAGCCGCAGCCACUGGUCAGACAGGUGCAGCCGUGGGUCAGGCAGGUCCAGCAACUGGUGUACCAUCAACAUCGGCGGGGCACGCAACGGCAGCAGGCGGGGUUCCUGAUGGAGCCGGGAGUUUAGGGGGUGGAGCGGCCAACCUUCCAGCAACUGCCGCGGGACCGCCAGGUGGAUCAGUGCGUGUUCAGCCUCAUGCAGGCCAUGGUGCUCAGUCAGCGGCCGCAGCACAGACAGGUUCUGUCGGCGUAGCACCAGCGCCAGCUCAUUCGCAGAAAUACGCGACCGCGACGGAUCCAGUGUCAUACCCGCCCGGCCCGACUGUGUGGCCCACAGGCGUAGAGCCACGGGCUCAAUCACAAAUUGUGCGGCCUAUCGUAGCAGCUGUGGUCCAGCCCAGAAACGAUGCAUGGGACCUAGUGGAACCCCCGACGGAGCUCACCAUGUUUCACCGAGGUGUGCAGGUACAGGGUGCUCACCGGUUGGAUGCGGCGGCUGACACUGCGGCUCCUCAUAGGGGUUCGUCUGUAUGGUCAUCGGGGGAACCUUUCUUCACCCCCUCUGCCUUUCCCCCUGGGGCGCAUAUGCAUGGUGUACGCGCCCCUGCUGCGGUGGGGUUUGCGCAGCAGGCUGCUGCUGUUCCGCCGGCCGGCUCAGCAUCCGCCGCACAUUCAUGGCCGAUUGGCCAUGCACAGCAACCUCCCAACGCUGUUCACCCCGGUUCUGGGCAGCCAAACGACUUCGCACAACUGCCACUGACGACCCUUUGUCCCACGCGGCAUGAGCCUGAUGCAUUCCUCGCCACUGACGAGGUGCUCGACAAUACCAGCUGCCACCGUGGUCAAGCAUCCGAGUCUCGUGGUUUGGGCUUCUCAACCAUGAACGCUGGUUUCAUGCAGGGGUCCCGACACGUACUGCCAUCGCCGGCGGCAUCAUCAUCUAUGGUUCCCACGGCUCAGGGAGCAGAGAACGGUGAGGUGCCCAGCACCAAGGGGUGGACGGGCGUCACAAAGAAGCUGGACAAGGACGAGUGGAUCGGUAGGAUAAUCCUAGACCGUGCAUCAACGUCGCUGAUCGUCAUCAACAGCCACUUUGAAUCAGAGGAUGAGGCGGCAAGGUCAAUCGCAGCUGUCUCGCACGUGAUGUUCGUUGACAAGCCAACGCGUGGGGACCUCAUUCCCUUGACAGCCGCCGACAAGGAGAAGCUCAGAGGGUGCACGACGCACCAGUGUGAGGUGAUGGUCCGGAUGAAGUUCUGGCACAUGUGGGAGGAGUGGAGGAAUUAUUGGCCUGCUGCGAAGGCUAAGUGGGACGCGAAAAUGCGCAAAAUCCAGGAAAAGCAAGCUGCAAUAACGGCCAGCUUGGGGGAUGAUGAUGGUCGGGCCAACAAAAGGGCACGAGGUGAAGCUGAAGGAAUCGCAGGGGGUGAGACUGCGUCUCGCCGGGUGGGGUCGGGAACACAGGAUCCAUAG